GAUUUGGCGACAAAUGGGUUCAAGUUUAAAGACUCUAUUUCUCUCUCAAAUCUCUGUGAAAACUCCGGCACCAUUCUAACAAACUCCAUAGUCCUAUCCUAACUCUCCACUACAACAACCACCACGACUCACGUGCCGGACGCAGACAGGGCAAGGACCUCUCUCAAUCUUUCGAGGGGUUUCUUCAAGCUCAUCUCUUUUCUCUGCUUUCGACGGAGUUUUGUUGAAGGGAUUCAUGGGUCGGCCUCCCAGUAAUGGCGGCCCUGCUUUCCGCUUCACCGCCAAUGAGGUUGCGGAGAUGGAAGCUAUUCUGCAAGAGCACCAUAAUGGGAUGCCAUCUAAAGAAAUGCUAACAAGCCUUGCAGAAAAGUUCAGUGAGUCAGCAGACCGAAAAGGGAAGAUUGUUGUGCAAUUUAAGCAAAUAUGGAAUUGGUUCCAAAAUAGGCGCUAUGCAAUAAGAGCAAAAUUGAGCAAGGUUCCUGGAAAAUUAAAUGUUUCAUCUAUUCCUCGAGAUGAAUCUGUUCCUGUGAGAAAUGUGCCUCAGCCUGUAGCUGCUUCAAUACCUGCUCAUAUGACUGCUCCGAUGGCUACUUCUGUACCACCUGCUUUAGUUGCAACUGCAGGAAGGGCUUCUUCAGAAACCUCUUUUAUGGAGUUUGAAGCUAAAUCUGCUAGGGAUGGUGCGUGGUAUGAUGUUGCAACCUUUCUGGCCCAUAGAUAUUUGGAUACCGGUGAUCCGGUAAUCUCGUUACUUUAGUAGUCCAAGUUAUUUAGAGAUUACAUAUUUUUAACAGAUUCUGUUGUUCUAUUAUUGAGCUGAAAUUGUUUAAAUACUUUGUUACUAACACAUGCACACACACACACACACACACACACACACACACAGACAUGUUUGUGCAUAUUUGUACAAAUGAAGAAAAAUGCAUAUACAUGCAUGUGCACAGAAAAUUUCUAAUGGUAUUAGUUUGCAUACCUCAAAAUAUCUGUCUCUUUCUUGUCUCCUAUUUCUUAUUUGGUGUCACAUGGUCUUGGCUUUGUACCCGUAUGUUUAGGUUCUUUUUCAUGUUAGACAUCUGUUUCCUGUCUGUAGCAGGAAGUACAAGUUCGGUUUGCUGGUUUUGGACCUGAGGAGGAUGAAUGGGUUAAUGUUCAGAAGCAUAUCAGACCACGUUCUCUCCCUUGUGAAGCAUCAGAAUGUGUUGCGGUUCUUCCUGGAGAUCUCAUUCUUUGUUUUCAGGAAGGUAAAGAUCAGGCUCUUUACUUUGAUGCCCAUGUCCUUGAUGCUCAAAGACGGAGGCAUGAUGUAAGAGGUUGUCGCUGUAGGUUUUUGGUGCGCUAUGAUCAUGAUCAGUCUGAGGAAAUUGUGCCUUUGAGGAAGGUCUGCCGCCGGCCUGAAACUGAUUACAGGUUGCAACAACUGCAUGCCGCAAACGACUUAACAGCCACUGACCAGCAGAAAACCAUUGCAGAUCCGUCUACGGCCCCAAGGACUUUUAGUUCCUCUGUUGAAGCAAUGCAGUAGCAGCAAAGACUGACCUAGCCAGGACAGCUCUAGUGUCCCAUACUAAUGUUUCUAUAGCUGUUCAGGCCAUAAACCAAGACUGUAAAAAUGCCUGAUUUGUUACCGUUAUUAACAUUACCAAUCCUGCUGUUCCUGUCAGUGGUGCUUCAUUGUUAAAUGCACCUCUAGUGGCUCUAGAUAAAACCUGCAGGAAUCGUAGUAGUAGGCUUGUAGGAAACUAAUCUCCACCUGCUUUGUUGAGUUGUAAGACAUCAUUAGUAAUUAAUUUCAGUUCAUUAUUUUGUUAGGUUUCCAACAUAAGUCGGAUGUUUUAUAGUGUUUGUAUUGUAAAAUAUUAAUCAUUGAAUGGAGGGGUUUUUCUCUAUUAUGAGAAUUUUUUUAAUGUACUUUUUAUUAUUCUAGCUCUUCUGUACUUAUUUAAGAUUUAAAUUUGAAAUAUUUAAAUUAAAAUUUUAAUUUUUUA